UACUUUUCUAAAAAAAAACUGCCAAGAGUAAAAGAGAAAGGACAAAGAGAAAGGAAAAAAAAGAGAGCGGUUAUAUUGUAAGCCCCUAGCCAAUAAGGUAGAAUGAAAAUCAGGAUAAAUAGAGGAAGAGUAGUUUUAUAGUAAAACUGCAUGAAACACAUAUGCAUCGUAUCAGGAUUAUCUCCCUUUAUUCAAUGUGCUUUGACCGAAAUGUCUCAUGGCACGUCAUUUGCACUGCAAAUGAAUUUAAUUAAAGUGGAAGGAACCUUAUGCAGAAGCAGCAACGGUAGUAGCAGCAGACAACUGCAUUUCAACUUCAGUUAAAAAUAACAGGACAUGUUUACACAUGGAUGAUAUCAAAACCGCCACAGGUUAAUAAGAAACAAAUUCGCCCAAGAUCUGAUACAAAAAAAAUAGAGCCAAUUGGAAACGUAAUUAAAGUUAUAAGUAACCCCUAUCUUUUUUUUUUCGUUUUUCCUCUUUCUCUCUUUCUCUCUCUCUCUUUCUCUCUUUCUCUAAAAAUGGAUUAUCGAUAUGCUGAUCAGUACUAUCAUCAAUACCAGAAGCCAUUGCGAUCCAUAUAUCAAUCGUCUUCCACAGGCACAAUGAAUCCACAAUAUCAACAGUACUACCAACAGCAGGAUCACGACUGGUAUUUCCCAGAAGCUCCUCCUCGUCGACGAAGAAACAAGAUUGACCGUUCUGUUAAUUUACAUAUCGAUGGAGAACCUAUGAACGAUCUCGAAGUCAUUGCAGCGAAAAAUGCAGCAAAAAAUCAACGACAAAGCAAAAUAGUGUAUGACGAUGAGAUGGAUGAUAGACUGCUAUCACCACCCAUAGCAACGGCAGCAGUAACAGCACCUACGCCACCAUCACUAUUGCAACCGUCACCAUCACUACAACCACGGAUACAGCCACAGGAGGAAAAAGAGACUUUACCACAAGGGUCACGAGAUGAUAUGUCUUUGACAGAUGAUGAUGAUGUUUUAUCGGAUGCGUCUAGACCCAAAAAAAAGAAGCGGUGGCCAUUUUCGUAUUUGUUUAGACCUUCUACUUUAAAAGGCUCGACCAGUACACCUUCUCCCUUACCACCCACACCUGUAUUAUCACCUGACAAUGGAUCCUCUACCAUAGCAAGUGAAGAAGGAGAAGAAGAAAAAGGUUAUUGGGCGUUUAAAUACCCCACCUUGAUUCCGGUCACACCAGCCAUCUGGAUUAAAUUCGACAUGAUAAAUCAAAAAUUGAUCACACAUCAUGUGAAGACAGGUCGUCUGGACGGUCUACAAUUAACAGAUUCACAUAUGUAUAAUGGAAACAUACCAUUUCUUGUUAUUCCUUCACAACAAUGUUGCUAUGUCUUGUUGGAUUUACAAACAACUCAACUCUCUUGUCUCCAAAUAACUUAUACUCCCUUUUAAAAAAAUAAAGUAAAUUUGGGGGAGGAAGGAGUUAAACUUUACCCCGAAUCUGUAAAAAAAGAUUUUUUAUUUGUGGAUCCCCGAUCUCUCUUUUUCUUCCUUCUUGUUAAACAUAUAAAUGGUAAAUAGAUACUUGCUGGAACAGGUAUUUAGUUACUUUGGUCUUGUUUUCUGGUCUUUACAAUUAGCUCCCCAAGCAUGGAAAACAUAUAGAAGAGGCACCUCUACAGGUGUUUCUGUUUGGACAAUGUUUAUUUGGACUUUUGCAGGCCUAUUUAUGGGCGUUUACAAUAUUGGUUUGAAUGUUGCUCUCGCACUAUGGAUACAACCUCAACUCUUCACCUUUAUUGCUCUUAUCUGUCUCAUGCAAGAAUUUCGUUACCA